GCGGCGGGGGCGGGCGGGCGCGCCGGGUGGCAGGUGUCAGCGGCGUCGGCGUUCGGCGACUAUGGAGCGGCCCCGGGGAGCUGCGGACGGCCUCUCGCGCCGGCCCCACGGCCUCGGCCUCCUCCUCCUCCUCCUCCUCCUGCUGCAGCUCCUGCAGCCGGUGACCCUCGGCCAGGACCGGCUGGACUCGCCCCCGCCGCCCCCGGCUCGGACGUUGCACUGGCCGGGCCCCGUCGGGGUGAGCUGGGGGCCGCGCGCAGACCCGGGCCCGAUCCCCCGCGGCGGCCGUUGGCGCCGCAGCGCGCUCGGCGAGGACGAGGACUGCGGCCAGGUCCGGGACUUCGUCGCCAGGCUGGCCAACAACACUCACCAGCAUGUGUUUGAUGAUCUCAGUGGCUCAGUGUCCUUGUCUUGGGUUGGAGAUCGCACUGGGGUUAUUCUAGUCCUCACUACCUUCCAUGUACCACUGGUAAUUAUGACCUUUGGACAGUCCAAGUUAUAUCGAAGUGAAGACUAUGGAAAAAACUUUAAGGAUAUUACAAAUCUCAUCAAUAACACCUUCAUUCGUACUGAAUUUGGCAUUGCUAUUGGUCCCGAAAAUUCUGGAAAGGUGAUAUUAACGGCAGAGGUAUCUGGAGGAAGUCAUGGAGGAAGAAUCUUCAGGUCAUCAGAUUUUGCAAAGAAUUUUGUACAGACAGAUCUCCCUUUUCAUCCUCUGACUCAAAUGAUGUAUAGCCCUCAGAAUUCUGAUUACCUUUUAGCCCUCAGCACUGAAAAUGGCCUGUGGGUGUCCAAGAAUUUUGGGGGAAAAUGGGAAGAAAUCCACAAAGCAGUAUGUUUGGCCAAAUGGGGAUCAGAAAAUACCAUCUUCUUUACCACCUAUGUGAAUGGCUCCUGCAAAGCUGACCUUGGAGCACUGGAAUUAUGGAGAACUGCAGACUUAGGGAAAACCUUCAAAACCAUUGGUGUGAAAAUCUACUCAUUUGGUCUUGGAGGACGUUUCCUUUUUGCCUCUGUGAUGGCUGAUAAGGAUACAACAAGAAGGAUCCACGUGUCAACAGAUCAAGGGGACACGUGGAGCAUGGCCCAACUUCCUUCUGUGGGACAGGAACAAUUCUAUUCUAUUCUGGCAGCUAAUGAUGACAUGGUAUUCAUGCAUGUAGAUGAACCUGGAGAUACUGGAUUUGGCACAAUCUUUACCUCUGAUGAUCGAGGCAUUGUCUAUUCCAAAUCUUUGGACCGACAUCUCUAUACUACCACAGGUGGAGAAACAGACUUUACCAAUGUAACCUCCCUCCGUGGAGUCUACAUAACAAGCAUGCUCUCAGAAGAUAAUUCUAUCCAGACAAUGAUCACUUUUGACCAAGGAGGAAGGUGGAAGCACCUGCGGAAGCCUGAAAACAGCGAGUGCGAUGCUACUGCCAAAAAUAAGAAUGAGUGCAGCCUUCAUAUUCAUGCUUCCUACAGCAUCUCCCAGAAACUAAAUGUGCCAAUGGCACCACUCUCUGAGCCUAAUGCUGUGGGCAUAGUCAUCGCUCAUGGUAGUGUGGGGGAUGCCAUCUCAGUGAUGGUCCCAGAUGUUUACAUCUCAGAUGAUGGGGGUUACUCCUGGAUGAAGAUGCUGGAAGGACCCCACUAUUACACCAUCCUGGAUUCCGGAGGCAUCAUUGUGGCCAUUGAGCACAGCAGCCAUCCUAUCAAUGUGAUUAAGUUCUCCACAGAUGAAGGUCAGUGCUGGCAAAUCUACACGUUCACAAGAGAACCCAUUUACUUCACUGGCCUAGCUUCAGAGCCUGGAGCCAGAUCCAUGAAUAUCAGCAUUUGGGGCUUCACAGAAUCUUUCCUAACCCGCCAAUGGGUCUCCUACACCAUUGAUUUUAAAGAUAUCCUUGAAAGGAACUGUGAAGAGAGGGACUAUACCAUAUGGCUGGCACACUCCACAGACCCUGGAGAUUAUGAAGAUGGCUGCAUUCUGGGCUAUCGGGAACAGUACCUACGGCUACGGAAGUCAUCUGUCUGUCAGAAUGGUCGAGACUAUGUUGUGACCAAGCAGCCGUCCAUCUGUCCCUGUUCCCUGGAGGACUUUCUCUGUGAUUUUGGCUACUUUCGUCCAGAGAAUGACUCAAAGUGUGUGGAACAGCCAGAACUGAAGGGGCAUGACCUAGAGUUUUGUCUGUAUGGACGAGAAGAACACCUGACGACAAACGGGUACCGGAAAAUUCCAGGAGACAAAUGCCAAGGUGGGGUGAAUCCAGCUCGAGAAGUAAAAGACUUGAAAAAGAAAUGCACAAGCAAUUUUUUGAGUCCCAAAAUGCAGGACUCCCGCCCACAGGGACACAGCUUGUCCCAGAAUCCAGCUCCGCCUCCUCUUGGAUACACUGAAAACACACACUUCCUAUCUCCCACCCAGAAGCAGAAUUCCAAGUCAAAUUCUGUUCCAAUUAUCCUGGCCAUCGUGGGAUUGAUGCUGGUCACAGUUGUAGCAGGGGUGCUCAUCGUGAAGAAAUAUGUCUGUGGUGGAAGGUUCCUGGUGCAUCGAUAUUCUGUGCUACAGCAGCAUGCAGAAGCCGAUGGUGUGGACACUCUGGACACAGCCUCCCAUGCUAAUAAGAGUGGUUAUCAUGAUGACUCAGAUGAGGACCUCCUGGAAUAGCUCUUCCAAGGAGCUGGGACCCGGCACGGAGAGUGGAACCUCAGUACCUCUUACACUCCCUGUGUCUCCAACUUGGGGAAGUAAAUUUCCCAUUUCAAGGGACCCAGCUCUGUUUCUGCUAUUUCCAUCAAAGCCAAAAGGACCUACACUAAAGAACUGCUGGGUGGGGUGGGAAACCCUGAACACUCUUGAGAUUGGCUCUGAACGGGCAAAUUUUAAGUUCUUUAACUUUUUUAUUUCUAGUUCUUUUUUUUAAUAUAGGCUUUGGCUUUGUUUGGGUUUUGGUUUCUUUGGGGAUUUUGUUUUUGUUUAUUUGUUUUGUUUUUUAAAGGAAAUGAAAUGGAAUUCGAAGGGAUUGUUUCCUCACUCUUGCCUGUUCUGUGUGGAGCCCACCCCAGAGCAUCUACUGACUCCAGCAUCAACUCACAAUGUCCGCGGUGCUGUCCUGGGGCUCUGUCUGCCAUGUGAAGCAGCCUUGGAGAGGAAAACAGGCUGCAGUGACUGGUACAGCCUGGCCAGCUUUUCUCCAUCUGGGGACAGCUCUGAUCCAGGAACAUUUUAUACCAUCUCACACAGAUCCUGACGCUGCUUUUAUUUUCCCCCAAAGACCAUAGACCACGCUGAUUUUUCUUUUCCUCUGUUUAGGCAGUACCCUUGUUAAUUGCCCUUUGGCAACUAACUUACCCAUGUGCUUCCAAGAUACUAAAUCAGGAAAACUUACAGGGCAAUAUUUUUAACUUGGGGCAAGAAUAAGGGAGCAACAGAGAAUUGACUAGAUUUAGUACCUAUUAAAGGCGAAACUCUGGCUGGUUCUGAGAUGGUCGAAACUGUGCUUUGUGUGUGUGCCAGUAGACUUGCUCAAGGACAGGGUACAGGCUUGGCCUGGAAGUCUGCCCAGCUCAACCAUCUCUGCUAGAGUGGAUUAGUGAGCACACAGUGCAGCCCUGAGGACUGACAUCUGCAGUCUUCCAUUUUGCCUUUGCACCUGACAUGUUGGCUCAUGAUUGAGCCAUAACGGCUGCUUUAUUUGCUUCCUCCUAGGAUGCUAUUGUACAUGGAGCCAGGACUAGAGAUGUUUUCAGAUUCAUAGAUUUUUUUAAUCAGCAUUUUAUUACUGGGCCCUUAUCCUCACCUCUUUUCCCAGUUUUGCCAAGUCAUUUGUUGACAUGAAACUUUUGGCUGAACCAAUUGAAAACACACUUCUGGUCUUCAUGCUUUGCUUGAUACAUUGUGUUCAUAUUUUAAAUUUAAGGAAGUUUCCCAUUUGAUAUUUUUCCAAAUUAAAUGAAUCACAGAAUGUUGUUGGAUUGAUUUUGGAGUGGCCAUAUAAUAAUGGAAAGCUGCAAUAAUUAGUUUUAAUACAGCUUAAAUAUUUGCUACACAGGAAUAUAGUGUGGUCAGUCUUUGGUUUACUAUACCUUCCUACUAUGCUGAUCACAGUUUCUCUCAAUAAUUGUGAUUAGGACAUUCUUUGAUGGAUGCCAUUUUGCUGCUAGUUCAUUGUGUGGCUAGUAAGUCAGUAAAAAGUAAAUGUGCCAAAAUAACUUCUGUCAGAAUUCGUGAGCAGAUGGCUAACUUCUCUCCUCCCCAAAAUGGAUGAACAGCAGCAGGGAAAGAGGGGGAGGAACUGGAUAGAGAAUUUUAGAAACUUUGAAACUGCAGUAAAAUUAAAUGAGUCAGGGAACUUCUGUUAGAAAAUGAAGUUAGGACAGUUUUGUGAAGAGAGUAUUUGUAAGGGCUAGAAAAUACUAGCUUUAAGCUCAUUUUGCAUGGUUUUAAAUUUUUAAAUAAUUCCAAAGAUAUAUACUAGCUCACAAAUGAUAAAAGUGUCAGCCUCUGUCUCCCACCCUUACCGUCUGCCCACAGUGAAUUUGAUGCCAAGAAACGACUAUUUAUACCGCAUAUCUUUUCUCCCAGCAUAUACCUAGAUGGAUGUGGAUUAAGAUGUGCCAAUAUACAAUAAUCCUUUUAUUUUAAGAUGUAGGAAAGUUAAUAUUCAUCUCUAAACGUAUAAGAUUAGAGCUCUUUGCUUAUAAUAAUAUGUUAGAUUUCUACAGAAUUGACAAUUUUCAUAGCACUUUCACUUGUAUUAUGUCAUUUGAGCCUCCAAUGUUCUUGUGAUGGAAAUAAGCAGCCAAACUUAAGUCAGUUGGAGGUGACUUGCUGUUCUUUAGGACAGGGGUCAGGCAUUGCUUUCAGAGCAUUGUUUAGCACCUUUUUGUUUUCUUUUUGAAAAACAGAAAAUUUUAUUCUUCUGUUUUUCAUGGCUGAAAACAAAAGUAAUGGUAAUUUUGAAUGUGUCUUCAGGGACAGCCCCUCCCCUGGUGAAGGAUCACUGUUGAGGAGCAGAAGUGUGAGUCUCCGUGGACGGGUCCCCUCUCCAUCCUUUUGCUCCUACCGUGGGCUGGUGACUUUGUUGCCUUAGGAUUGCCUGCUAGCCUGGCUCUUCCUUUUAUUGGCUCGUUAGCUUUCUUAGCAGUCUCACAAAUGUGUCCCCUCCACCAGAGACUAAAACAGCCUAAAUCUAUUACAGCUUCUAAAAUAAAAAGAUUUCUGGUUUGUCCUACACAGGUUAGGAGCAUCACCUUUGACAUUAAAACCUAACAUAUCAUCCAUAAACUCCCAGGUGGCAGGAGAGAUUUCUGGAGGUUUGAGCAAUGGAACUUAGCGUUGUUAGGUAGAGUAGACAUAAUCAGACAGUCCAAAGUGAUCUAAGCUCUGAAAUCCAGAAUCCUCCCUAUUCCCUAUAGGAUAUUCCCUAUCCUAGUGGAUUUUUUAUUUUUCUUGAGAGCAGAGACCUGGGUGUAAUAGCCUAAGCUGUGAAUUGAGUGGAAACACUACUUGGAAGACUAGAAGCCUUUGGAGGGUUGUGGUAGCUGUGGGGCUUAGGACAUAUGACAGCAUCCAUAUACCUGAACCUGGGAAUUGGCGUCUGUCUCUGGAUAGGCUAGGCUUCCAGUAUGUAUCUUUCUUACUCUUAGGUUUGCCUCUGAGUCUCAGUAUGCCUAAACUAGCCUUUCAUCCUUGACAAAUUAGUAAUAUGCUGGCCGCCUCCGGCUUCUGCCCCGUGCCUAUAAACUGUAGCUGGCCUUCCUCAUGAUACUAAGAUAUAUAGAGAGGUACAGGGUGAUCUAUACCAGCCCCAGGGUGCCAGGGCUGGCCUGGCUUUCCAGCCAAAGCAUCUAGCCAGAGUCUCAUUCUUUUUAAGAGUGCUCUGAAGAGCCCUGCCCCUGUACACAGUAGCUAAAAGCUCAUCUGCUCGUUGUCAGCACAGCCCUCUCAUCUCCAUAUUAAGCUAGGAAGCUUGGAACUGCUAAAAUAGGAAGAGAUGCACUUUUUCAACUUUCUGCCACCUUUCCAACAGGGAAAUUAACAUGGACUUAAAUGUCCUUUAAACAAAACCAAAGUUUAAGAUUUGCCAUGUGAUAUAGUAAAAGGGAGGGCCAGAGACAUCAGGGCCAGACUUCUGUUCCAUGUGCCACUGAUUGACCCAGGGCAGGCAGCUCUAGGAGCACCAUCCUGCCCUAGCAGAGUCCAGCCCCACCCUCAGGAAGGAUAAUUGAAAUAGUGGGAGCAUGCCGAUUUCCUUGUCAUAUUGAUAACAAUAAGAAUUAGAACAUUAAUUUGAAAUUAUUUUCAACAACUUGCUGUAUGCAUUUUUUCACACUCCAAUACAUCCUUAAGCAUUCUUGUUUAUAUGGAAUAACAAACUAAUCUGUAUCUUUUUAUAUAUAUAUAUAUAUAUAUGUACAUAUAUACAUGUAUAAACUGUAUAGUGUACAUGUUAAUGAUUUAUUGAUAUGCCCCAAAUCUUUAAUGCAGUUCUCAUCCUCUGCAUGCCCUCAAUUGUGGUUGGGUGACCUAAUGUCCCCUGGUGGUUAUGCCCACCUCCUGUGUUUGAACCUCUGGGGAGGAGGGUUUAGGUCGUACUCUCUUAUCCUCGUGCACAGAAAUGCUCAGGGUCCCCGUGUGCCUGUUAUUCAUUCCUCUCUUGUCUCUUGUUCCCUUUCUGAGCAUGUGGUCCCUCCCAAGUCAUGAGACAGUUGCCUUCUUUUGAAAGUGUUAAGCAGUAUUAAGAUCAUUACUGCAUGUGUGCUGAAAAUCCAAGUUUUCUGUUCCCUUGGGGCAGAAAAUUGCAUGUAAAAGGUGAGAUAAUCAAGUUUCAGUGACCCAUGUCAAUUACACAGCAAAACCAGACCCCACAAUGAAACCCCACAAAAUGGAGAUAAAACUCAAAUUUCUUUAGCAUUGUGUAAAUAAAUCUGAUGUGUUUAACUUUGUACUGGUAAUUUUCUGUAUAUUUGCAAUAUUUGGGUUAGAAAUAAAACAGACUAGACUUUGUUACUUGACCGAC